GCAGCGCCUGCCUCCUUCCUUCCUUCUUUCCCUCCUUCGGUGGCUGGGCUGCAGAGGAGCAGAGGCGGGCUCAUGGGCGCUGCCAGCCGCCGGUGGAGGAGGAGGGAGCCGCAGGGAGCGCAGGACUGAGGAGAGAGCGGCAGCUGGCCAUGGCUGCUGGGGCGGCCGCCCGACGAGGGCCCCCUUUGUACUCGCAGAAAAAUCUCACAUCAAAGAAAAAAGAUGACUUUGAAGAUAUCUUGGAGGAGAGGCGGCAAUCCAGUGACCUCAGAUAUGCAAUGAAAUGUUACACUCCUGUUGUUUAUAAGGAACUUUCUCCUUGCAAACCAAGUGCUAUUAAAACUGUUGUUCUACAGUCUGAGCAAGUUCAGUAUGUCAUCCGACAGCUAUCAAGAGAGACAGGUGAAUCCCCUGACAUUAUACAAGAAGAAGCAGCAGAAAUUCUUGAUGAGAUGGGGCACAGCAUGCAUAUGGGAGCUAUUCGUCUUUUUGCUUUCACACUGAGCAAAAUAUUUAAAUGCCUCUUCAGGAGCAUUUGUGUGAAUGAAGAUGGUAUGCAGAAAUUACAACAGGCAAUACAAGAACAUCCAGUUGUCCUGCUGCCUAGUCAUCGGAGCUACAUAGAUUUUCUCCUGUUAUCUUAUGUAUUAUACAACUAUGACUUGGCUUUGCCUGUUAUUGCUGCAGGAAUAGAUUUCCUGGGAAUGAAAAUUGUUGGUGAAUUGCUACGAAAAUCAGGUGCCUUUUUUAUGCGACGUACAUUUGGUGGAAAUAAACUCUACUGGGCAGUGUUUGCUGAAUAUGUAAAAACAGUAUUAAAGAAUGGAUAUGCUCCUGUUGAGUUUUAUCUGGAAGGGACAAGAAGCCGAACUGCAAAGACAUUGACUCCAAAAUUUGGUCUCCUCAAUAUUGUUAUGGAUCCUUUCCUUAAAAGGGAAGUGUUUGACAUUUAUCUUGUUCCAAUAAGUAUCAGUUAUGAGAGAGUAUUGGAAGAAUCCCUUUAUGCAUGUGAACUUUUAGGAGUCCCUAAACCAAAGGAAUCAACAUCGGGACUCUUUAAGGCCAGGAAAAUUCUGAGUGAAGAUUUUGGAAGUGUUCAUAUGUACUUUGGACAGCCUUUAUCGCUCAGAACAUUGGCAUCUGGGAGAAUAAAUAGAUGUCCAUUCAAUUUGGUUCCAAGGCAUAUUCCUCAAAAGCCAUCUGAGGAAGUCCAGGAAUUUGUCAGCGAUAUAGCAUACAAAAUGGAGCUCCUUCAAAUAGAAAACAUGGUUCUGAGCCCUUGGAUAUUAGUUGCUGCUGUCCUGCUCCAAAAUUUACCAGCCAUAGAUCUUGAGCUUCUGGUGGAAAAGACAGUUUGGCUGAAAGGUUUAACUCAAGCAUUUGGAGGAUUCCUUGACUGGCCUGAUAAUCUCUGCGCCAACAAAGUGGUGAGAUCCGGCCUUGCUCUCCACUCAAACAUUGUAAGCCUUGUCAAUGGGCAAGUGGUGCUCAAUGACAAAGAAAUGGGACCUGGUGCUCCAGAGGAGCUUGUCUUCAAACAAGCCCUUGCCAUUCUCCUUUGUGGCUCCUAUAGGAACCAGCUACUGAAUGUCUUUGUGAGACCAGCUCUUGUAGCACUAGCAUUGCAAAUGACACACUCUUCCAGAAAAGAGGAAAUCUAUAGCCAUUUUGCUUUCUGGCGUGAUGUUUUUUCUGAUGAGUUUAUCUUCUUUCCUGGAAUACCCCUGAAGGAUUUUGAAGAAGGUUGCUUCCUGCUUACAAAAUGUGAUGCAAUUCAAGUCACUCCUCAGCAAGUCUUUGUUACUGAGAAAGGAAGUGCUGUGAUCUCUUUUUUGACAGCAAUGUUCAGGCCUUUUGUGGAAGGAUACCAGCUAAUAUGCAGGUAUCUUUCUAAGGAAACCAAUGAAGCCUUUACUGAGAAGCAGUUUAUUUUUGGAGUCCGAAGCUUCACAUCUCAGCUUCUUGAAACAGGAAACACUCAGUGUUAUGAAGUUCUCUCUUCAGAUAUGCAGAAAAAUGCUUUGGCAACUCUUGUGCGAUUAGGUGUUGUGUCAAGAACAAAAAUGAACGAUAAAUUCACUUACAGUGUAAACAAAGAAGCUUUGAGUAAAAUUGCAGGAAUGUUUGAAUCUAGGAUACCUGUAAGAAAACCAAUGGCUGCAAGACUUUAAUUGGAAGGGUUCUAUGGAGGAUUGCCUUACGCAUAUGGAAAUGAUGGAGAACAGUUGAAAGUAAAGCAGAUGAUGGAGAGAAUGUUACUGAAGACUACAGAUGUCUCCACCUUGCAAUGUUACUGCAACACAGUGGUGGAAAAGCAAUCCUAGUCAAAAAAUUGCCAUCUUGUACUUGAACUUUACAGCACUGAUGCUUAGGAUUGCUUGUACACUCAUGUUCUUUUCCCUUUCUUUCACCAUUAACUGACAGAAAUACACAGUGACAUCUGAGAUGUUUGCCAUGACAAGAAAACUAUUGCUUUUAUAUGAUUAUCUUGUUGUUGUAAUAACAAUAUAACUGAGAAACUAAGGCUAUAACAUUAAAAGCAAUAUUUGAGGGAAAACAUCACUGGUUGCCAUUGUAUUUAUAAAGAGAUUACUCUGUUCCUUCCAUGGAAGUAAUUCGUACAAAAUACCAAUGCUGUAACCGAUUUUUAAAAAUUGUAUAUGUGACUGUAAAUAUUAAAAACUAACAAAGAAGUAUUUUUGCUGCUUUUAACCGUUGCACACUGGUGACUUCAAUGAAAUACGCAGUUUAUUCUGUU